AUGGCUAAAACUGGAACGAAAGAGGUGUUUUUCUUCAAUUUGUUAUCUCGGGAAGUCAUAACCUUGCCAGAGUGUGAUCUGGAUUUUUCUAAGAUUGCGUUCUCUUGUCCUCCUACAUCAGAUAACUGUGUGGUGGUAGCGAUAAGGUUUAAGGAAUACACUGUCAAGAUCAACACUUGCCAUCCAGGAGAUGCUAAGUGGGUUACUGCUAAAUUCGAUAAUGGAACGCGGAUGUAUAGGCAGAGCAACCUUGUCUACCACAAUGAUCGAUUCUAUUGCAUCAACGGGGCAGGAGUUUUGUUUAACUUUCACCCAUCUUCGGGUAUGUGGACUCCUUUCGGUGUUCAUAAACUCUCAUGCCCGUAUAUCUGCGAUAGAGUGCAAUAUGGACGGAAGGCGAAAACAGUUGCCUUGGCAGAGAAGAAAGGAGAGCUCUAUGUAAUGUUUGCAUGCAUGAACGAGAUCCCGAUGGUUUAUAAACUAGUCUCUUUGAGGUGGGAGGAGGUGAGUAGGACUACACUUGAUAGCUUGACGAUCUUUUUCGGUUUUCAUAACUCUGAGUUGAGAACUAAUCUCCCUUGGAUGCGGAGCAAAGUCUAUUUCUCAAGGUUCGGACGCGAUCCCGAACCUUGUAUUUCCUACUCAUUCAAUGAAAACCUGUACAAUUCGGACAAGGAAUGGUGUAGGGUGGAACUGUGUCAUCGUCCAAUGCUAUGGAUCGAUCCGCCUCCCAAGAAUUUGUUGGACCUCAUGUCCGUUAGCUCUUUACAUAACAGUUGA